CAUUUCUUAUUAUCUUCUUCUUUUUUUAAAUCGACUGAGAGGAAACAAAAUCCUUAUACAUCUCAUCCUUCAGGGCGAUUUAUUUUCAUUUUCUUGCUACAGCAUGGCGAAUGCUGUCCAUACAGUAUGACUGAUUUUACUUGAAGCCACAGGAGAGAACACGAAAUGGAGACGUUCACAAUCCACGACAUGCUCAUAAAUUCAACUGACUUGAACAAGAUUUUGUGUAAUUUCGGGAUCAAGAAUAUUUCCGAGUGCGAGAGCGAGCAGAAUCCCUCAACCGAACCUCAAGAUAUCAACCAGACAGUGCGGAUCGUCCUCUACAGCCUCAUCUUCCUCCUCGGCGUCCUGGGCAACAGCCUCAUCAUCGCCGUGCUGGUGAGGAACAGGCGCAUGAGGACCGUCACCAACCUCUUCCUGCUGUCCCUGUCUGUCAGCGACCUGAUGGUCUCCCUGGUCUGCAUCCCCUUCACCCUCAUCCCCAACCUGAUGAGGGACUUCGUCUUCGGCACUGGCAUUUGCAAGUUGGUCAUGUACUUCAUGGGUCUCUCAGUAAGCGUUUCCACAUUCAACCUGGUGGCCAUUUCCCUGGAGCGCUACAGCGCCAUUUGCAACCCGCUGACCUCCAGGACGUGGCAGACCAAAUCCCACGCCGUCAAGGUCAUCACUGCCACCUGGGUGGUGUCAUUCAUCCUGAUGCUGCCCUACCCCAUUUCCAGCACCCUGAAGCCGUUCACCCGCCUCAACAACAGCACUGGGCACAUGUGCCGCCUGGUGUGGCCGAACGAUGUCAUCCAGCAGUCCUGGUAUGUGUCCCUGUUGCUGCUACUCUUCCUGAUCCCUGGGAUUGUCAUGAUGACAGCCUAUGGACUCAUUUCCCUGGAGCUCUACCGGGGCAUCAAGUGUGAGGUGUCCAGCAGGAAAUCUAGCAGAGACAGACAACUCAGCACUGGCAGCAUCAAGGCCGGUGACAGUGAUGGCUGCUACCUGCAGCAGUCUAAAAAGAAGAGCAUCGCAAAGAGUACAGGCAACUCCAGCACCAAGCCCAUGGUGGGCCGUGUGUGCGGCAGCAGCUCUACAGCCAACCUGAUGGCCAAGAAGCGUGUGAUCCGCAUGCUCCUGGUCAUUGUCUUCCUCUUUUUCCUGUGCUGGACUCCCGUCUUUGUGGUCAAUGCGUGGCAGGCGUUCGACCGACGCUCGGCCUACCGCCUGACCGGCGCACCCAUCUCCUUCAUCCACCUGCUGUCCUACACCUCGGCUUGUGUCAACCCCAUCAUUUACUGCUUCAUGAACAAGCGCUUCCGCCAGGGCAUGCUGGCUACAUUCACCUGCUGCAGCUGCUUACGGAGGAGCGGCGGAGCGAGCAGCAGCUUAGGGAGGUCAGCUGGAAUCGGAGCGGCUAAGGGGGAAGCGGGCAGAUCAAGAGCGGGGCCAAAGACCACUGAGCAGAAUGGCCAUACCCCGCCUAGCGGAGCCAGCACACGCCUCACCUGCACCGGCAUCCGUGCAUCCGCCUGGAGUGAGCUGACUUAAACUGGAUUGAUAUGUAUGUGUGUGUGUGUGUGUUUGUUUGUUUAAGUGCUCUGGCCUGAGUGCAGACACUUAAAGGGAAUCUGUAGUAUGUCAUUUCUUUAACGUAAAGCCCUCACAGUGCUUAUAGGACUAGUUUAUGAGCAGCUAUGUUGCUUUUGUUUGGAGUGUGACAUGACGUGGGUAUGGUAGUUAACGACUGUGGAGCAGAAGUGGUGUCCACUCAGUGCUCUCACAGCAGAUCAACACAGCCAGAUGUUUCCCUAAAGCUCGCAGUGUCCUGAGUGGAUGCCUGGCCAUAUAAAGCCUCGAAAAUACUCAAGUCUGGCAUAGCAAGGGAGUGUUUUUAUAAAGCAGAAUACCAUUUUAUGUAGUUUACCACUCUCCAUAUAGGCUACUCACAUUUCCAUGUGAACUGACCAUAUGCUGUUGAAGAUUGUGCCACAUGAUCAAAAGCUCUUAAACAGCUACUUAAUAGGUAACUUUCUGGUGAGAUUGUUUUGUCAACUGCUGUUUCCAAAGUGAAGAUUGAACCAUACCAGUGUUUUUGUCCUUAAUAAUGUAUAAUUUAAUGUUUAUGUUUUUUAAUCCACCCUCAUGUCUGUGUGUGAAGUAUGCAGGUUGAGAUGGCAGGCAGUUAGCUUAGCGAUUAGCAAUACUGGUAGCAGGGGAAAACAGCUAGCCUGUACAACUACCAACGCCUCUAAAGAUGAUGAACACUAUGUGUCUCUUUUGUCCUAAUCCUUAAACAGAAAUAGUAUAAACAGUAAGCUGUUCCUGUUGAUGUACUAAUGCGCUGUAUGCUAAGCUAAACUCAAGCCCUCCAGGCAAUGGAUCCAUAUUUAACAGAGAAAGAAAGCAAAUAAGCUUAUUCCCCAAAAUGUCAACAAAUUCCUUUUAACAUUCACUGUGAUGGACUACACUAGUCCAACAUUUGACUUUCUGUAUGGAAAUAACUGCAAACUAAUGGCGGCCUGCAAGAUGGGAAAAGACAUUUAAAAAAACACAAAAUCAUCAACAGUAACGUAAAUUAGUCAUGAUUUGUAGGAAAUUGGCUAGAACGUCAAAAAUCUUUUUAAAUUUUUUUCAGACUCAUAUUUGUAAGCAGGCUUUUAUUUGUGAUCUUCAGCAGCAGCAGCAGCCUGUCACACUGACUCAGAGGUUCUCAAACGGGGGGGGGGGCUAGAGCCACUUCAGGGGGUUGUGGAUGUUGAGCGGAGCCAAAGUUGCAUGAAAAUGAUUCAUGUUGCGACAUAAACAAGGCUAUUUUGCUAACCUGAAUCUUGUUUAUUCCAAUUGCCUGUAUUGUUAAUGAUUGAUAAAAAUGAACUUUUUGGCCUCUGUGACAGAAAAACUUGGGAGAACCUCGGCACCAACUGUACUCAGUAGCUUCAAAGCAGCCCUCCAGUGCACAAAGAGUUCUGCUCUCAUCCUUGACCCACUCUGUGUGUGUGUGUGUGUCUGAGGGGGUGGUGCUGUGUGUACUACAGGAACUGGAGAGGCCUUAUCAUUUAGUGGGACUUUGAACACCUGUCUCUCCACCUCUUCUUCAAAGAGUGAAUUCCCGGCAUUACCCACCUGAUUUCCACUGAUUCAUACUGUUAAAUAUAGCAGAGUUAAUGUAGCAUUUUAUUUUCUUGUUUCAACACUGUAUGUUGCGAGGUUAAUUGUACAGCCUCAGUGUUGCUGUAUAAAUUCCUACUUUUAGGUUUUGACGCAUUAAUGAAGAUUUUUGUAUUUUGUUUUGUUGCAUGAUAAACCUGCGGGCACAUAGUUGAAUGUAAUCCCUGUGAUUUUACAGGUUUGUCAUAUACAUCUGGAAGUGGUCCUGGGAAAGGUAGUGUAUUCCUUUGGUUAUGUACAGACACAAAACGCAUCUCCGCAUAACCAACGUCUGGGUUGACCAUAUAAAGACAUUGAGUGCAACUGUGUCGGCAAAGACUCGGGGCAGAGAAACUCGGAGCUUUUAACAGCUUUAAUAAAAGUGGCUCUAAAAGGACAGAGGGCAUUAGGGCCCAGCCAGACAAGUGGCAGAAAUAAAAGGGGGAAUCUGCUGGGACUACUUCCCAGGGAUAAGAGCUCCAUUUGGGCUUGGUAGAUGCCCAAAGCCCUUCCCAUCUUCACCCUGCAGCCACUGGGAGAUGCUUAACUGUCACUAGAGGGGGAGAUGAAAACAGCUUAACAAGAUGUUUAUACUUCACAUAAAAGAUACACAAGUCUGUGUUAUUUGUUUGUUCUUUUCCAGCUAAAACCUGAAUUAUUUGGGUUUAAAGUGUUUUUAA